AUAAAGCAUUUGACCAAAUAUCAAGAAACUUCACGAGUAGGGAGCGUUUGAGAUUUUUCUCACAAAUCUACGAUUGAGAUGCCUCUUGAAACCUAUCUACAGCGUUCUCUGCUGCACUACAAGACUGUAACCCAAAAAAAAAAGACCUUUCUGCAGAUAUCUUCCAACAGAUGUACGCUAAGAUAUGUUCAGAAAAUCAUCAGAACAAGAAGCGCAAGUGCAUGUCAACGUUUGGCGAAAGCAAAAGGGGAAGAGCAAAUCAAAGCCCUUUCAGCUGCAGCGAUGUCAGGCUUCGAAUGACACGAGAGAAAAAGAGAGAGAGAGAGAAGGGAGAGAGAGAGAGAGAGAUGGGGGAAGGUAGUGUGUAAUAAUGAACAUAGCCAGUGCAAAUUAAUAAGCAUUAGGACUUUACACAGUGGUUGGCCAUUCAAAAUGCCAGAAAAAGCCAAUUUUGCAUAGCCGUUACUUGCUCACGCGUCCAACCCCGUUUCUUUUAAUUUCCAGCUUUCUGCCCCUUAAUUACAAUCUUAUCUUCCAAAUCAUCUCUUCUUCCCUUUGUCUUUAUUAUCUCUCUACAGUAGUACUAGUACUCCUUCUCUAGACUUUUUUCUACUAGUGUCUCCGGCGACCCUUAAUGGAAGAGGCCAGCAAAGCAACGUCCUCUGCCGGGAAAACUAAGGGUCGAAAUGGGGCUGUUGAGAAGAAAGAAUACCCGGACCCUCUUGCCUAUCAUGAGGAAGUUGUUCAGGACCCUAUUGUUUUCUGGGAUACUCUUAGGCGCUUUCAUUUUAUAAUGGGCACCAAGUUUAUGAUUCCUGUGAUUGGAGGGAAGGAGUUAGAUUUGCAUGUUCUCUAUGUAGAGGCUACCAAGAGGGGUGGUUAUGAGAAGGUAGUUGCAGAGAAGAAAUGGAGGGAAGUGGGUAGUGUUUUCAGGUUCUCUCCAACCACAACAAGUGCAUCCUUCGUGCUCAGGAAACACUACUUCAGUCUUCUCUACCAUUACGAGCAGGUUCAUUUCUUUAAGAUGAAGGGUCCUCUACAUACUCCAGCAGUUGCAUUUCCUGUUAACGACCCUUCAUGCAGACCUGAACUGGCUCUCGUGGAAUAUUCCCCUAAACCGAUAAGAGAAUUCCCAGAUCCACUUAUUGAAGGAACUUCUUGUUUUUCAGUUUUUGGAACAAUUGAUGGGAAGUUCGAUUGUGGUUAUUUGAUAUCUGUGAGGUUGGGGUCAGAGGUUCUUAGUGGAGUACUCUAUCAUCCAGAGCAGCCAGGCUCUUCUGCCUCCACACCUGAAUAUAACAAUGCCCUUGUCCCGUAUAAACGCAUUCACAAGUCCCGGCAUUCUGUGAGGAGGAGGAGGAGAAGCAGAAGAGCAGGAGACCCCAGCUACCCUAAACCCAACAGGAGCGGUUACAACUUUUUCUUUGCUGAGAAGCAUUAUAAACUCAAGUCCCUCUACCCAAAUAGAGAGAGGGAGUUCACAAAAAUGAUUGGCGAGUCUUGGAACAGUCUCGGCCCGGAAGAGAGGAUGGUGUACCAGAACAUCGGAUUGAAAGACAAGGAAAGAUACAAGAGAGAAUUGAAAGAGUACAAAGAGCGACUGAAGAUCAGGCAGGAUGUGGAAGUUGAGAGACCAGACUUCUAGACCUUAAAGAGGAGGAAAUCAGCGUUAGCCAAAGAACCCAGAGCAGAUCUUUGUGACUUCUAAAUUUAUGUAGAUAGAAGAACUACCAUUUUGGGGAAGUCUUAACAAAAAAAGAAAAAACCUACUUUCAGCUUCUUAUAGAUAUGUUCACUCUAAUGAUCUUUCUUAAAUAUGAAAAUACUUCAUUUUACUACCUCCAAAUGUGACAUGGUCCAAAGGCAUAAGGGAUUAAGGAUUUGUUUUCUUUAUUUCA